CGAGUCCUCUCGCCACACCGUCGUGGGUUCUGGUGUCUUCCAUCAUCUCUUCUCCCUCCUCUCCUGUCAAGUCUUCUUCUCCCCCCUUCUUUUAUUUUUAUUUAGUUUUCAUUGAAUUCGUUCACCGAACUUCCACCAACAUGGCCGAUACCGCUGUCGAUACCACCACCGAGGUGCCAGUGACCAAGGAUCUCAAAGAAAAGAAAGAAGUAGUAGUAGUAGAGGAACCGGAGAAGGCAGAAAAAAAUGGCAGCGGCGACGCUCCAGCCAAUGGAACGGAAGAGAACGGUGCAGAUCACAGCGAGGAAAACACAGAGGACCCUGAAGAGGAAGAAGAUGAAGCCGAGGGAGAAGGAGAUGAAGAAGAGGAGGAAGGUGAAGGAGAAGAGACAGAGGCAGAUGGUCAUCCUGUAAAACGCGCGGCAGAGGAUGAGGAGAAAACCGAAACUAAAAAACAGAAGACAGAAAAUGGAGAUUCCACAGAAGUUAAAGAGUCUGCUUAAUCCUUCCUCCUCGUUCCCAGACAUUUUAUAGCUUAAGUGACAUGGUUGAAUUUAAACAGUAGAAAAUGU